CAGACCAAUCCAUCUCCUUUAGUGCUCUUGGAGACAAACCAUAAGCUAAAUAUUUUUUUUAAGAAAUAUGGGUUCCAUUAGUAAUCAUGAAGUACUUGACAAGCCCCAUGCAGUUUGCAUACCAUACCCUGCCCAAGGUCACGUUAACCCAAUGUUAAAUUUAGCUAAAAUCCUCAAUCACAAAGGCUUUCACAUCACUUUUGUCAACACUAAAUACAACCAUAGGCGUCUCCUUAAGUCUCGUGGCCCUGAUUCCCUUAAGGGCUUGCCAUCUUUUCGAUUCGAGACCAUUCCUGAUGGCCUCCCACCAUGUGAUGCCGAUGCAACUCAAGAUAUUCCUUCUCUGUGCAAUUCCACUACUACUACUUGUUUAGGCCCUUUCAAAGAGUUGCUUGCAAAGCUCAACAAUACUUCUUCAUCCAACGUGCCACCUGUCUCUUGCAUUGUUUCCGAUGGUUGUAUGAGCUUCACUCUAGCUGUAGCUCAAGAUUUGGGAAUCCCUGAUGUUUUCUUUUGGACCCCAAGUGCUUGUGGUUUAUUAGGUUACAUGCAUUACCGCGACCUUGCUGAAAAAGGAUAUUUUCCACUUAAAGAUGCAAUUGACUUAACAAAUGGGUAUUUGGAGACGGCUUUGGAUUGGAUACCAGGCAUGAAAGGCAUACGUCUGAGGGAUUUACCAAGUUUUGUGAGAAGUACAAAUUCAGAUGAUUUUUUGUUCAACUACCUUAUCCAAGAAACAAAUAGAAGCAAAUUUGCUUCCGCUAUUGUAAUCAAUACAUUUGAUCCAUUAGAGAAGGAAGUUCUUGAAUCACUUCAGGCCCUUCUUCCUCUAAUCUACACGGUUGGCCCCCUGCAUUUUCUUGUAAAACACAUCGAGGACAAGAAUUUGGAGUGCUUGGGCUCCAAUCUUUGGAAAGAAGAUCCAAAGUGUCUUGAAUGGCUUGAUUCCAAGAAACCAAAUUCUGUUAUUUAUGUUAAUUUUGGAAGCAUCACUGUCAUGACAGCAGAUCAACUUAUUGAAUUUGCCUGGGGACUUGCCAAUAGUCAGAUGGAAUUUUUGUGGAUCAUAAGACCUGAUGUUGUAUCAGGGGAACAAGCAAUUCUUCCAUCCGAAUUCGUGGAAGAAACUAAAGGAAGAGGGAUGUUGACAAGUUGGUGCCCGCAAGAACAAGUCCUUAGUCACCCUGCUAUUGGAGGAUUCUUGACUCACAGCGGAUGGAAUUCGACUCUUGAAAGUAUCGGCAAUGGGGUGCCAACGAUCUGCUGGCCAUUUUUCGCGGAACAACAGACUAACUGUUGGUUCAAAUGCACCCAAUGGGGAAUCGCAAUGGAAAUUGACAAUAAUGUGAAAAGGAACGAAGUUGUAAGUCUCGUGAGAGAGUUGAUGGUUGGCCAGAAAGGCAAAGAGAUGAAGAAGAAGGCAAUGGAAUGGAAGAAAUUAGCUGAAGAAGCUACUAAAAAAUCAACGGGAUCAUCUUAUGUGAAUAUAGACAAAUUGAUCAACGAAAUUCUCCUCAAGCAUUAAGUGUUUAAUUCUUCAUAAUUUAAUUUCCUGUUUUGAGUUCUUGUCAGAUCCUUUGAUUAAAGUUGAAUAAUGACGAAUUUCUUUGUCCAAGACCUA